AUGUUCAGGAGCAUCUCCCGGCUUCAUUGUUCUCUUAGGUCGCUCCCUCAGUCGCAACGCUCGAUUACUUCCCCUGGAACAGCUUCUGUGGGAUCUUUGGAGUUCCUUUCUCGCACAAUCUGGGGGAAUACUGUCGAGCCUUCUCCCCAGUUCUCGGUUCCCUGUUGCCGCUUCUCCUCCAGCCGAAGGAAGAAAAGCGAUGAGGACCACGGCGAUGAUCUGUUCCUGGUCAGCAACAGGGAUCCGGACAGUCCGCCGAGGCUGUUCGUGGUUCAGCCGCGGCUUCGGCCCGACGCCAUGCUCCGGUCGAAGCUCUCGGAAGCUCUCAACCUGGCCAACUCUCUAGAAGAGCAGAGGGAUGGGUUAUAUGCGGAGGAGUUCGGGGACAAGGAGGUGCUACCACACAUCGUCGUCCAAAACCCUUUGGCUCGGCAUUUGAGAGCUCAUGCAGGUGCAAAACCCGUCUUCCAUUAUUCUUUUCCUUCUUCUUCAUUCUUCGACUUUGCGAAUUCCUUGCGAAUUAUUUCUUGGCUGCGAUUAUUAGCUCGUGAAUGGGAACUGGUGGCUAGUGGGGUUUAGGCACUUAGCUCCUGGAUUUAACGCUGCAUUUAUACCAGCGAGUAGAAUCCUGAUCUUGCGUUCCUAGAGUCUAUGUGGACCUGAUGAUCUAUUUUUUCCGAUUUCCGUGGCCUGUGAAUGUGGCGGGGAGGGUCUUUUCUGGAAGUCAGUUACUUGUUACUCCUUCAUCAUUGAAUCUCAUAGUCUUUCAGGGACAUUCAUGUUGCGUAGGUUAGGGAGCAUGGGUAAUGCGAUGUUAAAAUAAUGAAGGUCACUCAUUACAUAAUGAUGGAGGCCAUGAUGGUCUAUGAAAAUUCCUCAGAGGAGGAAAGGAAAACGACGAGAAAGACUAGAAAUCAGGGGACCAAUUGAUAGAAACAUUUGUUGGUUUUUAUCAGAGCAUACAGGCUAUCCUGAUGGUUUCUGCAUAAGGACGUUGUCCAGGAGCUUGCUUAGAAAUAUUUUGUAUGCAACUUCACAGAUGUCAACUGUUUCCAAAGCUUUAUACUAAAUGGUUGACAAUAAUGAUUUGAAAUGAUUUUUUUUCCAUUACUUGCCAUCUAGUUUAGGAAAAUGCAACUCUGUCCAGAUUAUGAUCUGAUUAAUUAUGUAUUGUUGUUGUGGCAGACAGAUAUUUUGGACCAGGAACUGUCGAAACUGUGAAAGCCCAUAUUAAGGGUUCUGAAUCAAAGGUAAGCAUUUGGCGUAUAGUGUUUAUAUUUUUCUGUUAUGUUGCUUGCCCCACUACUCUAAAUAUAUUAUUUAAUAAAUUCCCGAUUUUUGGCUAGUAAUGUGGUGGCGUCACGUUUGUCGCUGAUGUAGAUUUUUAAUCAUGCAUUUGUGUUCUUUUUUCUUGUUUAAAUCUAUGUUCAAUGCAUAUGAACCAAAAUGCAUUGAAAAUUCUUGAAACAAUGUUCCCCAACAUAAGAGAAACUGAAGGGAUGAUCCGACCACUAUCUGCGAUCAAAAGUUGAUCUUGACAUGUUUGACAUGUUUCCUUAUCUUUUCAGAGUUGAAUUGUAUUGAGUAUAUAAAUUAAUCCGUUAGGCAGAAAAAUUCUCUCAUAAAUCUACCAUUUCGUGGAAGGUCAUGAAAAAGCACUCACUGUGUAGACUACGGUGCAAGAAUAUUCAUAUAAAUUAGCCUCUCAGCUUACACUCUCCUUUUAAUCAUAGCUUGUCUUUGUAUGUCGUACAAUUGAGAUUCAUCGGAAUUAAAAAAUAAAAAUGAUAAAUUAUGAUCUCCAUUUGUUCUAAAGUUUUGGUCAACUUUUUUCAUAAACAUCAUGCCAAGAUAUACUAUCAUCAUUCUGAGCUUUUAUAGGAAGUACCUAACGAGUGAUGAACUGCCUUGUCCACAAAAACCUUCUGGGAACACAUCCCUUACAAUGGUAUAAAGAGAUGAUGUCUUAUUUUCUAUGUUGAUAUGCGAACUUUUUUGUAGAAAAAAAUAAACGAAUUGGGUUGAGGACAUUGACAUUAGGAACAUAUAUGACAUCAGAAGUUAUCAAUUGCUAAGUUAGAUGUCUAUUCUUUCUUGUGUGAUGAUGCACUAAACUUUUCUAUCAUUCAUCGGUUACAGGAUAAAUUAGAUGCAGUUUUUGUGAACACAAUUCUUUCUGGUGUUCAACAACGGAAUCUUGAGGUAAGAUAUAUAACCAAGGCAAUUCCUUUUGUUUUCACAGGGAUUAUGGAUGACACCUGUAUUUAGUAGAGAUCUUGAUUAGUUUUUUGUAUUCUUUCAAUUAUCAAAAAGUGUGCUUGGGAGAAACCGGUUCUGGAUCGUGUCGGUAUUAUAAUAGAAAUCUUCAAUGCUCAUGCUCAAACAAAGGAAGCAAAGUUGCAGGUAUUUCAUUGAUUCUGUCUAAUCCAUAUGAAAUCACCUUCAUUACACAUCCAUCUUAUUGACGUAUGAAUGAUUCCCCUUGCAUAUGAUUAACGCUUACUACCUUCGGUUUCAUUUUUCCCCUGAUAAAUCAUCAUCUCUUUGGUAGUCUGAGUUAGCAGCAUUGAUGUACAAGAAAACCAGGCUCGUGCGCAUUCGUGGACCAGGCGGACGUCUUUCUUUUGGAGCAUCUGGAGAAGCUGAGGUGGUCAGUGCCCGUGGGUGAGUGCAACUGGAGGCUAUAGACACCUCUGAUGAUGUAAUAAAAAAACCGUCUUGCAUAUUCAAAUGGAUGUAACCUGGGUAGUAUAAGCUUACUUUCGUGAUUUUCUAAAUUUUUAAUUGAAACCAUUCAAUCUAUGCAAUUAGGGACCAAGUAGUUAUCUGAAGUUUCUCAAUAAAUAAGGCUUGUCUCAAAUUCUCGUGGUAAUUAAUUUCUUCAAAAGCAGAUAUUCUUAAAUGUAGGUCAGCUCUUCAUUCUUCUUUGGAGAUUGUAACGUAUUUUGCCUUCUUUUUUUUCUCUCCAUGCAGGAGGGGAAGUGGGGGACGUGGUUUUAUCAGUGGUGCUGGGGAGUCUGAACUUCAUCUUCAACGUCGGAGGUCUCAUGCUUCUUUUCUUUUUAAAGUUUUUUAUAGUUUAUUGUGUAAUAUUUACGAUGCCUGUGGCAAUUAUCAAUUUACGCUGUAGUAUCUCUUGCAUCUCAGCUAUUGAUUGAUGGAAUGAAUAAGAUUAUCUUUCGGUUGGUAAUCAUUUGAUCUUGUCAAGGAUUUUGGUAGCACUGUCGUUGUGUCUACUGUUUCCAGGAUAACACCAUACAAGUCCUGUUCUCUUUAUCCACAACAUUAUCAGUGGUUUUCGUUUUCCUUUCACAUUUGUGGUGGGGGUAAUUGGUUAUAUUCUGGAUAAAAGAUGAAAAGCUCAUCUCUUUCUAUUUUUUCCUGCAUAAAUAUUCAGAAUCCAAGAGCGUCGUAUUCAUUUACUAGCACAAAUUGGUGAGGUUCGUCGAACUCGAGCCUUGCAACGUUCUUCUCGGAGGAGGCAUGGUGGCUCUGAUGGUCAAGGCCUAGCAACUGUUGCUGUUGUUGGGUAUACUAAUGCCGUAAGCUUUUCUCAUUAUUGACCCCUAGAAGUAUGCUUGCCUUUUUGCCCCCAGACGUGUUUUCUGGUUAGGAAAACGCUGCUUCGGCUUAUUGCACAUUUUCACGGCCAUGAAUUUUGACGCCUGAAUGCAUGAUUUCUGUAUCUAGUAUCAAUUUUAGUAAAAAAAAAAAAAAAGUGCAAAAGAUCAAUCACAAUUGAAGUAUUUUGUUUCUCUUUUGGUGAUUUCUCAGGGAAAGUCUACAUUAGUUAGUGCUCUUUCACAAAGUGAUGUAUACAGUGAUGACCGGUAUCCUAUCUGCAAUUUCUUUGCUCUAGUAGGCAUUGAUGUUCUUUCCUUUCUUUUUUCUGACAUAGUUUCACUUAAAAUUAUAAUGGUUCUUGUGGAUCAUGAUAUUGUGCUGCUUGAUCGUGUAGUAUGAGCUGAUUGGAAAAAACUCUGUUUCACAGACUGUUUGCUACUGUUGAUCCCCGUUUGAGAAGUGUGAUUCUCCCUUCCGGGUAACGCCACUGUGAAUUGUUAAUGAUCUAGGGUUCUAUGGGUCUACUAGGGGAAAGCUUUAAUGUAUUUUAGGUUGUAGUCUGAUUAGGAUAUCACAUCAUUCCUUGGCAGUAAAAAGGCGCUCCUCAGUGAUACAGUGGGCUUCAUCUCUGAUCUCCCAGUGCAGGUGAAUUUCCAUCUCUCACCAUGACUUCGGAUUGGACGACACUUUUCUGCUAUGGUAUCUCACAGUGGUGUUAUCUGCAGUUAGUGGAAGCUUUUCAUGCAACGCUGGAAGAAGUUGUCGAGGCAGAUCUCCUGGUGGUAUGAGAAAUUUGAAUGCCUCGCUUUCUAUCGCCCUUGCCAUCUCACUUUCUUACUUACAUCAUGAACAAUGAUCUGUCUCAGUGCUUUAUUAAAUACAACCCAAAUGGUUUAUUUUUACAAGUAUUUCCCGGUUUCUGUUGCUCCCAAAUCAGCCAAAAUAAGGUCAAAAUAAAGAGGGAGGGAUGAGUCAGUCUUUUCUUUUGCCUAAAGUCAACGAAGGAGGGGAGUCAACUCCAUGCGCAGACAGGAAUUAAUUGUCAAAAUAUUAUUGGCUCAAACGUCAGGAAUUUCAUCUUAACAGAAGAAAAUAUUAACAAUUUGAUUAAUACAUGUUAUUUUUCUAUUAAAUUUCCAUUUUUUUUCAAUUUUCUGUUGAUGGAUGUGUUGUUAUCUUCUUUGAUGCCUGCAAUUUCUAUGAAAACAAGGAGAAAUCCUUAGAAUAUAAUGUCCUCUGCAUAAUUGGAAUUGGUGCAGCAUGUGCUAGAUUCCAGUGCUGUGAAUCUUGACGAGCAAAGGUCAACCGUCCUCCAAGUGCUCCACCAGAUCGGGGUCUCCCCAGAAAAGAUCCAAGAUAUGAUCGAAGUCUGGAAUAAAGUACCCCCUUUUACAGCUUUUCUGAUUUCCCAUUUUUGAAACAUGCCCACGGUUCAUAAUCGGAAAUAUUUCCUAAUAUGGAAAGAAAUCUGAUGUCCGCUGACUUCUGCAGAUCGAUCUUCUCGAAGGUGAAGGUGGAGACCAUAAAACUGCUGACUGGAGCACGACAUCAGAGCUGUCUGAGGAUGAUUUAGCAUCUGAAGACGAUGGGAUCAAUGGAGAUGAGGAUUUGGAUGCAGAGACGAGUGGCUCAUCUCAAGAACAUGAUGAUGGCCCUUCUGAGGACCAUUCAACAGAGGAGGAAGCGGCAUGUUGGGCAUCACCUGGAGGGCCCAUCGGCGAGGAUGAACGCCAACAGAAUGAAUUCCAAGAAUGCAUCCUAUCCAAGCAGGAUUCGCACCAUGUGAAGACUUCUGCAGUGCUAGGCGUGGGCCUACAGGAGUUGCUCCACCUCAUUGAUGAGAAACUAGAUUCGCAGAAGUCAUUCCGAGAAAGAGGCAGCUCCUCCGGGCCCUUUGACCGCAAGUGGAGGCCCCCUCAGGUCACCGUAGGAGCAGAUAGCUGA